AUGACCGUGGAGCACAGGGACGUCCUCGUGCUGCUGCCCACGCGGGAGCAGCUGCGGCUGGCCGUGGGGGUGAGGGCCACGGCCGGCGAGCUCUUCCAGAAGGUGUGCGAGGCGACUGGCAUCCGAGAAGCCCACUUCUUUGGCCUCAGCGUGGUCAGGAGUAAGUAAGGCCCGGCCAGGCGACUCCGCCUUCGGCUCAGCAAGUACUUCCCCAAGGACUGGGGGCGAGGAAGGCGGCAGGGAGCCGGGAGGCCCGGGGGCCCCUUCGAGACCUUCCUCAGCGUGCAGCACUACGUGGAGAACGGGAGAGUCAUGAGGGACAAGGCGGCCCGGCACCUGUACUACUGCCACCUGAAGGAGCGAGUGCUGGGGUCCCAGUGCGCCCACCGCGAGGAGGCCUACUUCCUGCUGGCCGCCUACGGGCUACAGGCCGACCUGGGCAACCACCGCGAGCCGGCCCACGUGGGGCGGUACUUCGAGCCGCAGGCCUACUUUCCUCAGAUCAUCGCCAAGAGGGGCAGCGCCUACAUCCUCAGACAUGUGCCCGCCGUGCACCGCGAGCAGCGGGGCCUCAGCCCCCAGGAGGCCGUGCUGCGCUUCAUCAGGGAGGCCUGCCGGCUGGAGGACGUGCCCGUCCACUUCUUCAGGCUGUUCAAGGAUAAGAAGGAAGACAGAGCUACCAUUGUGCUGGCACUGACUCCCAAAGGGAUGCGCAUCUAUCAGGGGAAGACGUUCGAGAUCCGGCCGGACGGGCUGCCUGCGGCCCGCAAGCUGGUGUACCACACGGGCUGUGCCGCCCGCGCCCGCCACCUGCUGCGGCUGCUCCGCACCAGCCACCAGCGGCACCUCGCCCUGCGGCCCGCGCUGCAGAGGCUGCAGCAGCUGGAGGAGGAGCGAGAGAAGAAGUGCUACCGGGAGUCAUUUGUGGACGAUGCGCCGGAGCUGGACCUGCCCCCGGCCGGCGGCAAGGACGGUGGGGGCCGCAGCUGCUGGCGCCCCUCCCCCCACCGCUCACUCCACCCGGCCGGCAGCCUCGGCAGGUUCCGCGUGGAGUCCAAGGAGAUGUCGGUGGAUGGGCCCUUGGGGACCGAGGCGCUCUGUGGGGAGGCGCUGUCCUGCAGCUCCAGCACCAGCCACAGCAGUGGGGACACAGAUGACAGCAGCAGAAGCCGGCCAGAAAGGGACACUGGGGACGAGAACCAGAGGGACGCCUCUCCGCCCCCUGGGCGCUUGGCAGCGGCGCCGGUCCCUCUGGUCAGGACGAGGGGCCGCAGUGCUGAGGAUCCGGCCCAGAUCCCGGAGGCGACCGCCCGCCCCCCGGACCAGCACGGCCGCAGCCUGGACGACGUGCGCCCCAAGCCCGCCCCGCGCAGCCGCAGCCUUGGCGUUGCGCUAGACCCCAGACCCAGGGUCCAAGGCGAGCAGAGGUCCACGAACUACCUCUCCCUGGACCGGCUCUGGGAUGACCAGCUCCCGGAGGAGUUUGUGGUGUAG